AAAAAGUGAUUAUUGAAAAAGUUGCUGAACAUGAAUUUCAACUAUCUUCUAGAAAUCCUAAUUGGGGUUGGUCCGAAUUUUGUGAAUUAAACGUUAUAUUUCCCAAUGGUAUUAUUUCUGAGAAAACUGAUUUAUUGAUUCGAAUUCACUUCCUUGAUCCUGUUGAUAAUACUCCUGUAAUUCAUCCCAUGUCAUUGUUAUCACAAUCUCUGGAAGAUUAUUUUAACAAUGAAGCUUUCAGUGAUAUUACUUUCACUUUUGAUUGUGGUUCAAAGCUUUAUGCUUCUCGACUUGUCCUUACACUCCGUUCUACUUUUUACAAAGCUAUGUUCACUGGUCGUUGGAUAGAAACUACUUCUUCUAUUAUUCACGUCCAAGAUGCAAGUUUUGAAUGUUUUCAUGCCAUGUUUUAUUUUUUGUACACUAAUAAGCUCCAAGAGGGUUUAUCGUUUAAUACAUUGAAAGGACUAUAUUAUGAAGCUGACAUGCGUGAUAUGGUGGAUCUGGUUAAAGUUGUGGCAUUAAGGGUUGCUGGAAUGAUAAAUAAUGAAAAUUUUGAUGAUAUGUUUAUGAUGGCUUAUCAAACCGAAAAUAUUUGGUUGAGAAGCCAAGUUUUAAAAUUUAUUCAGUCUAAUAUUGAUAGUUUGCGGACUUGUGAGGGAAUAAAACGAAUUAUAGCAACUGGAAAUGUUCCAGAUAUUUCAAAUAUGUUGGCAACCUAA